AUGGUUGGUUUCCCCCAAAUACCGAAAAUCAGAGGCGAUACAGAUGACGACGCGUCGAUACACUUACAUAGUCAUGUCGGCCCUGCCAAACCGAUCCGAAAACGCAAUUAUGAUCAGCAGAUCAUGGCCAUCCUCAAUCGAAAACCGCAAAAUGCUUCAGAAGACGAAAGCGAGCUGGAAGAAGAAAUACUAAAUGACCAUUUCCGAAAGUUCACCAGUGAGCAGAAGGGGCACGUUUUUGAGUCUGAGGAUGAAGACACCCAAGUUGAGGAGGAGCGGAAAUCCCGCCUACGCCCAAAGCGGAAACAGCCUUCAAUUAAUAGAAGCACUGUUGUGCCAGCAAAGAAAACGGCAGUGAUCUCAUUGUACGACCCGAAAGUGCUUGGUUUUUUAUUGGGAGGGUUGGUUAUUCUUCUUCUAUGGCCGUUUCAACCUCAGAAUCGCAUAUCUCCAGAACCGCAAGAUUUAACAGGCGUGAAUGCCCGAAUUGGGAAAGCAGAAGAACGGAUCCUGGCCCUUGACGACCUUUCCAAAGCAUUGGCUAGCCAGAUUGACGCAGCACAAGCCAAGCAAGAUGCUUUCAUAAAUGUCUACUCUCAUGGCCUAGAAUCUGUUGAAAAACAACUUUCUUUACUUCAAAACUCCGUCUCUGGAAGCUCGGAAAAACUAGCCAGCAUAGGAAAGGAAGUCUCCGCGUAUAAAUCGAAAGUGGACAACAUGGAACUAGUAAAGGAAAAUCCUGAAGAGCUCCAAGCACGAUUAGAUGACUUAUCAAAACGGCUAUCCCGCCUUUCGCAGUUGCAUAAUGACAUUGAAGGCUUUAAACAAUCUAUAGUUGAUUCCCUAGUUCAAAAACUCCCUGAGCAUGUUCCGGUCUUUUUCAAAGACAACAAAAUCCACUAUCUUCCAGAGUUCCAAAAAUUUCUAUACGCCUUCAUCGAGAAACACGGUUCUGAAACGUUCCAUUUGACCUGGGACCAAUUUCUUAAAGAAAAUAACUCAAGCAUGCAAAAGUACAUCCAUGAGGUUCUCAAGAGCCCUAGCGUCAAACUUCUUACGAGAGAUGAUUUUGAAAAGUCUCUAAACGACAGACUUUCACAGCAAAGCGCUGCAUUCAACUCCAAGUUGAACAAAUUGAUAGAUAGCGUUGACCUCACAAGCAACUUCACAAGCUUUGAAACUCUUAAAAAGGCUAAUGACGUGAUGCUCGAAAACUUAGUCGAAACUGUGACCAAACGUUCGAUUAAAGUCAAUUAUGCUAAGUAUGGACUCGGAUCUAGAAUUUUGGGGUACUUAACAAGCACUGGGCUCGACAGUUAUCGGGAGAAAUCAAUCGCUCGGAUGAUAUUUUUGGGCUGGUAUGAUUACUUGACCUCCAAUGGAUUGCGGUCCCCUCAGAAUCUCAAGUAUAAUGCCAACAACAUCUUGGUUGACAAUGGAGACUACUGGCGAUGUGAAAAACAAAAGUGUUCUGUUGGCGUCCGCUUGCUGACACCAAUAGUUGUGACAGACUUGGUUUUCAAGAACCCUCUUGUUUCAAAACCAUCUAAAUUGCAUCUUCCUACGAAGGUUUCCAUCUACAUAAAGCCUCGGCGGAAGCAGCAAGUGUCAGAUUUGAAAGAGUAUUUGAUCAAGUUUCGGCCAGACUUUUUGGCUCCUCCAAAAAACAAGUAUUUGGCCAAGUUCUUCAAAAUCCAAGAGGUACAAUUGUCAGGCCAGUCCUCCCUGGAGUACAUCAAACUUCCGGUGAGCAUCAUUAACUUGAAAAUCCUAACACGGGACUUGUACUUGGAAAUUGAAAGCAAUGAAGGAAGUACAGGGUUGUGCAAUGUGAAAGUUUAUGGAAUCGAAGAGUUUUAUUCUCUAAAGUAUGCGGACGAGUUCGAGACUUUUCUUGAAAAAGCCCAGCAACAGGAAAAGAAACAUGAGGAGUUCCCCGUGUACGAUUCCUUGCGUGUUCUUGGUGACGACGACUACGUGUAUUCGUAA